AUGCGUAUCCUCCAUUGCGGAUUACCUGCGAUAUUUUAUAUAUGCUAUUAUGAAAACGAAACUGUUUCCCUUGUUAGUAGGUCUAUAGCCAUAGAAGAAAACACUUCCAAUUGUGCGUGUGUGUUGGAUCAACAUGUUCCAGUAUCUUUCAUAUCAGCAUAUUGUUACACAAUAUUAGUGCUAUAUGUGCUAAUUCCGUUAAUACCAAGAAUCUUAGAUAUCGUAAUACCGCUUAAUGAGUCGCGACCACUAAGACAUAUAUAUGAAGCUGAAUAUAAAGUGGAUAAAGAUAAAUACUAUUAUCCUAUUUUACUGCACGCCUUUAUAUCGAGUGUGACUACCAUUGGUAUAAUACUGACCAUUGAUAGUAUAUAUAUUGUAUGCGUAUUACAUGCUUGCAGUCUGUUUACGGCUAUCAGCCACCGUCUCGAAAAUAUUAUUUGUAAAACUGAUGCUGAAAUUUACAAUAACGAGGAAACGCAUACAGGGAUGCAUUAUCAUCUAUUAAUAGAGAAACAUGAUUCUGGAUCAUCUAACGAUGAUUAUCAUGAAUUGAUGGCUUGCUUGAAAAAACAUCAACUUGCAUUAGAGUACGUAUUACGCGAAAUUUUAUCGUCGAUAAUAAGUGAUAUUAAUUUUGUAAACAUUAAUUUAAUAAAUGUAAUAACUUAUUUUUUCAAUUUUCUUGUGAUAAAUUAUUUUAUCUGAUCUCUUUAGGCACGUUCACAUACUGGACUCUACAUUCACAUACGUGACGUUUUUUCUUCUAUUCUUGAAUAUAUUGAUUAUGAGCGUAAUUGGAUUACAAGUAAGAA